GUUGCUUCGAACCGUACCCCCAAAAGCAAGGGCCAUUGAACGACGUGGUUGAGAUCCACGGUGGUCGACCCGGCGUCAUGCCUUUCGACACGACUCGCGGCGACUCCGCCGACCAGAUGCAGCCUUCGCUGCGCCAGGCCCUGGUCAAUUUUCCGACACCCACCGGCGCGGCCAGCAUGGCGGCCACGCGAGCCGUGCGCGCCCUGCCGCCGCACGCCGCCCCCGGAGAGCCGAGCCGCUCCGCCCGCGCGCCCGCGCUGGGCCCGCCGCCGAGCUGCACGCCGCAGGAGCAGCUGCAGGCCAUCCUCGGGAGGCUGCGCGCGGGCCCGCCCAGGGGCCCCCGGCACUCGGCCCAGCCCGCGAGCCAGCAGCCGCAGCGCGCCGACGGCGUGGCUGCGUGCGCGGCGGAGAGCAGCAGCCAUGAGGCCGGCCGGAUCGGGAACGACUCUUCGGGCCAGCGCGGCCAGAUUUCGAUGCAUGAUGCUGCCCCGUCCAGCAGCCAGGCCGACAGCUUCACCAGCCCGGCGGGGACGGGCCUCGCCUCCCCCGAGGCCGCCGCCGCCGCGGGCCUCUCCAGCCGGGGGGCCCGCCUGCACGGGCUGGGCCACUGCACGCCGUGCAAGUUCUUCCGCUCCCUCCGCGGCUGCCGCGACGGCGCGCUGUGCGCGCUGUGCCACGAGCCGCACGCGGAGCUCUCGAAGGCCGGGCUGCGGAAGGCCGCUCGCGCCAAGGCCAUGCAGCGCCGCGCCAUGUUCGAGAAGGUGGCCGCGGCGACGGCGAUGCUCGACGGCCUGCCCAAGGCGGCCGCCUGCCCGGGCUACGAGCAGGCAUCGGCAGUCCCCUGGCUGCGCAACAGCUUCACUCAUGCUCCUGACCCCAGCGGAGCGUCUUCGGCCAGCUCGACGUCCACGUCUUUACGGGGGAGCGGGGUCAGCUCCAGCCACGACCCCAGCGAAGGGCCGCCCUUCUACUGCCAGGUGCUCUCCCUGUGA